UGCGUGUGCACGAGGGUCCGCAAAGCUGCCGCUGCUCCUCUCCGGGCGCGCAGUACCAUCCCCAAACUUUGAUGAGCCGUAACCUUCACCAGGGCAACAAAACAAGCCGGGCUGAAUUAUACCUGCGAGGAUAUAUUAAAAAAUAAAAACAGCGUCGUCUCUUUCUCCCCCCUCUCUCUUUUUCUGAGUGAUUAAGCCCAACAACAAACAGGUGUCAAAAUGGAAAGCACUCCGAUUGAAAUUUACAAAGAAGACACCAAGUGCCUCUCCUCGCUGCUGGAAGACUGUCCGGCGAAUUCAACUGCUUGGGUAUCCGGAUACUCUGACAGCCGUAAUGUGACCCACGAUGAUGAUAGCUGGGAGCAGGAGAGCAUGUCUCCCAUCAUCCCCAUCAUCACCGCAGUGUACUCCGUGGUGUUUGUGGUCGGCUUGCUGGGCAACUGCCUCGUUAUGUAUGUGAUUAUCAGGUACACGAAGAUGAAGACGGCCACCAAUAUUUAUAUUUUCAACCUGGCACUCGCCGACGCCCUCGUCACCACCACGAUGCCAUUCCAGAGCACUGACUACCUUCUGAAUACGUGGCCCUUCGGCGAGGUGGUAUGCAAGGUCUUCAUCUCCAUCGACUACUACAACAUGUUCACCAGUAUCUUCACCCUCACCAUGAUGAGUGUGGACCGCUACGUGGCCGUGUGCCACCCCGUGAAAGCCCUGGAUUUCCGCACUCCCCUCAAGGCCAAGAUGAUAAACGUGUGCAUCUGGAUCUUGUCCUCGGCUGCAGGGAUACCGGCUUUUGUGCUGGGCGGUACUCAGACGAAUAGCGACAUAACAGAGUGCGCGCUGCAGUUCCCCGAUCCCUACACAAAGUGGGACACACUGAUGAAGAUUUUAGUGUUUGUCUUUGCCUUCGUCGUGCCUGUGCUCAUUAUCACCGUGUGCUACUCCCUCAUGGUCCUGAGGCUGAAGAGCGUCCGAAUGUUGUCCGGCUCGAGGGAGAAGGAUCGCAACUUGCGCCGCAUCACGCGGUUGGUGGUGGUCGUGGUGGCCGUGUUUGUGGUCUGCUGGACGCCCAUUCACAUCUUCAUCCUGGUCAAAGCUCUCGUCACCGUGCCGGAAACCACCGCCAUCAUGGCCGCCUACUUCUUCUGCGUGGCUCUGGGUUACACCAACAGCAGCCUCAAUCCUGUCCUCUACGCCUUUCUGGAUGAGAACUUCAAACGCUGCUUCAAAGACUUCUGCCUGUCAGCCAGACUGAAGGGGGAGAAGGUGUCAGGGAGCAAAAAGGCCCCCAGCACUGUGCGAGAGGCCGCUGUUCCCCUGGAGAACCCAGAUGGGACUGGUAAGCCGACAUGACUAGCAGUGGAACUGUCUUCAAUCUCCCACACUGGAAAAGAAGACUCACAAUACCUGGGCUUAACCCACAUCACAACAGUAAUGUAGACUGGGUUUUGGAUUCACUUCAUUUUCAUUAUCACCCAGGGUAUAAUCAUUGAUGUGGUUGUCCAUAAAUCCAGAUCAAUCCAUCCUAGUGUCCUCUGACUUCUGACACUUUCCUUCACAGCAGCCUGUGAUUGUAGGUCGAGACAAAGAUUGUGCAUUUAUGGUUUAACCUGGCAGGUGGAUGUAAACCAAACACUGUUUCUGUUUAAGUAGGUCAAAGAAGAAAGUGCUGCUUAUAAUUAAUAUGGAUUACUGUUGAUGGAGGUCCAACAAUUAGUUGAUUAAGUAAUUGUUCAGGGAGGGGUUUUUUUUUAGGAAAAAUUAAACAUUCGCACCAUCCAGCAUCCUAAAUGGGAUUUUGAUUUCAUAAAUGACAGUUAAUUAAACAUUUUUAAAACAAAUUUAUGAUUGCUUACUGUUUUAAUGAUGAUUUAUUUAGCCAUAAGUUUAAUUUAGACUGCCAACCCUUUCCAGGGUGUACUGACAGCUGAGAUAUGUUACAUCACCUCUAUAACAGUGAAUUGAAUAAGUAGGAGAUGGAUGGAUAGGUAUUGAGCUUACUGGCAAAAUAAUCAGCAGAUUAUUCUUUCAUAAAAUCAUCAUUACACAAUAUUGCACACACAGUCAUGAAAUAGUUAUGUUAAGAUAUCUCAGGAGAACUGACGAUUAUAGGGUAAAUGAGCAGGAGACUGAUUAAAAUCACUUGGCCCAUAUCAAGUUUCAUCAGUUUUGAUUCAUUUGUCUCUCAAAUGCUGUUUAUUCCCAAAAUUUCCUCCUAUCAUUUUUCAUUUGCCAAAUGUGCCUUUAAAAGUCCAGGAAAAAAUGUGCAGAAAAAUGACUUCAGGAAUGAUUACUAGAUGGGGUCAAACAGCACUUCAUAUUAUAAUGUUUGCUAUUUUUAUUCAAUGCAUUUGACAUGCCGGUGAUAUUUGCAUGAAUCGCUGACAGCAGACGUGCCAAAAACAUUUUCACAUCUGUGCAGAGCCUGAAUGGUGCUGAUUGACCGCAGUGUGAGAGCACUCACUGACUCAUGUUGGACUUUGAAGUUGUGUAAAAGUCAAAGAAAAAAACAAAAAGCAACAUUCAGCUGCAUCAAAGCAAGUUAAUCAAUGAGAGAAUGUGGAUGGAAGAUCCUGGACUUGAAUGUGCAUUUAAAAUUUGACAGAGGGCUCUCUAUCAGCUUUGACCCUGGCUUUGUGUCCAGACUGAUAAGUUGUUAACUUUAUGGUAUAUAACUAAUAAUGACAUGUGCUUUGUGUAUGGCUUUUACCAUGAUACACAUACUGUAGUCCUGCUGAACUGUCAUGCUGUUAUUGUUGUGCAGUCUGAUAAGCCGAUUAGCUCUUUCAACAAGUAAAAAUACAGAAUAUUCUAACAACUGUACAGUAUCUCAGUCUCUAUACAAAGACUUAUUUUGUAUAGACUGCAAAAAGAAAAUCUUUGCACAGACUUUAUAAAAAUAUACUGUAUUUGUAGCAUGUUAAUCAUCACUGCUAUGAUAGUAAAGACAACAUCAGCAGCCAUAGGCUUCAUGGACUGUGCUGUUAUUUUGAAUGUACUGCAAAUACUACAUGAAAGUCAUCUAUCUCAUUAAAAAAAAGCAUCUUUAGCUAAUACUUGUUGAUAAAUCUCUUGCUGACACAUGUAUACGGACACAAAAAUAGAUAAAGCACAGAUGUUCUAAAAAUAAGAGACGUUAUUCUAAGAAUCAACACUGUGAUCGAGGCAUCGUUGUAGUUUUUAUUUAUUUCUUUUUCAUCUCUGUGCUCACAGUUUAAUGCUGUACAUUGGCUUCUCCUGUCGUCAUUCUUGUCUGUGA